GGUCCCUUCCGCGCUCGCCCCGGGCCCGGCGCUCCCCCCGCCCGGUCCGACCGGCACAGACCGAGUGAGCGACCCCGCCAGCCCGACCCCGCCCGGCCGCCACAUGGCCUCCGCGGCCAGCUCCGGACAGGCCGGCUCCGCGCCGCUCACCGUGCAGCGCGGCAUCGUCAAGAUGGUGCUGUCGGGCUGUGCCAUCAUCGUGCGGGGGCAGCCCCGGGGGGGGCCCCCCCCCGAGCGCCAGAUCAACCUCAGCAACAUCCGAGCCGGGAACCUGGCCCGGCGCGGGGCCCCCGGCCAGCCCGACGCCAAGGACACCCCCGACGAGCCCUGGGGCUUCCCGGCCCGGGAGUUCCUGCGGAAGAAGCUCAUCGGGAAGGAGGUUUGCUUCACCGUGGAGUACAAGACCCCACAGGGCCGGGAGUAUGGGAUGGUGUACCUGGGAAAAGACACGAGUGGUGAGAACAUCGCCGAGUCCCUGGUGGCCGAAGGACUCGCCUCCCGUCGGGAAGGGAUCCGGGCCAACAACCCCGAGCAGAGCCGGCUGGCAGAGCUGGAGGAGCAGGCCAAGAGCGCCAAGAAGGGGAUGUGGAGCGAGGGCACGGGGUCCCACACCGUGCGGGACCUCAAGUACACCAUCGAGAACCCCCGGCACUUCGUGGACUCCCUGCACCAGAAGCCAGUCAAUGCCAUCAUCGAGCACGUGCGGGACGGCAGCGUGGUGAGGGCCCUGCUGCUGCCAGACUACUACCUGGUCACCGUCAUGCUCUCGGGCAUCAAGUGCCCCACGUUCAAGCGCGAGGCCGACGCUCCCGAGGUCCCGGAGCCGUUUGCGGCCGAGGCCAAGUUCUUCACGGAGUCCCGGCUGCUGCAGAGGGAUGUGCAGAUUGUCCUGGAGAGCUGCCACAACCAGAACAUCCUGGGCACCAUCCUGCACCCGAACGGGAACAUCACGGAGCUGCUGCUGAAGGAGGGCUUUGCCCGCUGCGUGGACUGGUCCAUCGCCGUGUACACCCGCGGGGCCGACAAGCUGCGCGCGGCCGAGAGGUUCGCCAAAGAGCGCAAACUGAGGAUCUGGAGGGACUACGUGGCCCCCACGGCAAACCUGGAUCAGAAGGACAAGCAGUUCGUGGCCAAGGUGAUGCAGGUGCUGAACGCUGAUGCCAUCGUGGUGAAGCUCAACUCUGGGGACCACAAAACCAUCCACCUGUCCAGCAUCCGACCCCCACGGCUGGAGGGGGACAGCGCGCAGGACAAGAACCGGAAGCUGAGGCCCCUCUAUGACAUUCCCUACAUGUUCGAGGCCCGGGAAUUCCUGCGCAAGAAGCUCAUCGGGAAGAAGGUGAACGUGUCCGUGGAUUACAUCCGCCCUGCCAGCAGUGCCACCGAGACCGUGCCCGCCUUCUCGGAGCGCACCUGUGCCACCGUGUCCAUCGGCGGGAUCAACAUCGCCGAGGCGCUGGUGAGCAAAGGCCUGGCCACGGUGCUGCGGUACCGGCAGGACGACGACCAGCGCUCGGCCCACUACGACGAGCUGCUGGCGGCCGAGGCGCGGGCUAUCAAGAACGGGAAGGGGCUGCACAGCAAGAAGGAGGUGCCGAUUCACCGGGUGGCCGACAUCUCCGGGGACACGCAGAAGGCGAAGCAGUUCCUGCCGUUCCUGCAGCGCGCCGGCCGCUCCGAGGCCGUGGUGGAGUACGUGUUCAGCGGCUCCCGCCUCAAGCUCUUCCUGCCCAAGGAGACCUGUCUCAUCACAUUCCUGCUCGCAGGCAUCGAGUGCCCGCGGGGUGCCCGGAACCUGCCGGGGCUGGCGCAGGAGGGGGAGCCCUUCAGCGAGGAGGCCACGCUGUUCACCAAGGAGCUCGUGCUGCAGCGGGAGGUGGAGGUGGAGGUGGAGAGCAUGGACAAGGCCGGGAAUUUCAUCGGGUGGCUGCACAUCGAGGGCGUGAACCUGUCGGUGGCGCUGGUGGAGCAGGCGCUGUCCCGCGUGCACUUCACGGCCGAGCGCAGCCCCUACUGCAAGGCCCUGCUGGCGGCUCAGGACGCGGCCAAGCAGAGGAAGGAGAAGGUGUGGUCCCACUACGAGGAGACCCCGGUGGAGGAGGUGGUGCCGGUGCUGGAGGAGAAGGAGCGCACGGCCAACUACAAACCCGUGUUCGUCACCGAGAUCACCGACGACCUCCACUUCUACGUGCAGGACGUGGAGACGGCCCAGCUGAACCUGUGGCGUUACGGUGAUUUCCGGGCUGACGACGCGGACGAGUUCGGCUACAGCCGCUGAGGGGCCGGGGGGGCUGCGGGGGGGCCCCACCGCCCUCCCCCCCCCCCCCCACUGCCGAGCCCCCCAUCCCGUCCCGUCCUCCCGGGGGGGCAGCCGGGGGGGGGCUCCGAGCCCUGGGGGUGCCAAAGGGGGGGGCACCCCCGGUCCCCCCACCCUGCCUUGGCCCCCCCGCAGCCCCCCCAGCCCUGGCCUGUAUUUAAAGCUGCAGAGGCCCAAUAAACGUAGUGAAGCGUC